ACGCCCGCUCUGGCACUCCUGGGCUGCAGAAGUCGACCGGUUUAAAAGCUGUCGUAAACAUUUGUAUAGCGCGACUUCAAAAUGGGAAAGUUAGUCUGGAUCUCGAUUAUUAUAGCUGGCUUGUCCGCGUUUUUAGGAGAGAGGGUCGUCAACUUCAGGAAAAGGACACUCGCUUCAAGGGAGCUGGUUAAGAAUCAUCUCACAAACUGUGUCCCACUGAAAAAUCUGGAUCAUGGCUCCGAGGACAUCACGAUUCUUGGUAAUGGGCUUGCCCUCAUCAGCACUGGCCUGCAGUAUCCUGGCAUGCCAACCUCAGAUGGGCCCGGGAGGAUCUUUGUUCUUGACAUGAAUGACUCCCGGUUGAAGCCAGUGGAGCUGCGCAUGCCAAGAAACUUUGAUCUGGAGUCUUUUAACCCUCAUGGCAUCAGUGUAUACAUCGAUCCAAGUGAUGACACAGUAAACCUCUUUGUUGUCAGUCAUCCUGAACACAAAAGCCAGGUUGAAUUGUUCAAAUUUGUUGAGGAUGACUUCUCACUGGUGCAUCUGAAAACAAUCAAACAUGAACUUCUCCACAGUGUAAAUGACGUUGUUGCGGUAGGAGUUGAAUCCUUCUAUGCAACCAACGAUCACUACUUCACAAAUGCAUUCAUAAAAGGUCUAGUGGAGCCUUUCCUGGCCCAGCCUUGGUCAAAUGUUGUGUACUACAGCCCUGAAGAUGUGAAGGUGGUCUCAGAGGGAUAUUACUUUGCAAAUGGCAUCAAUAUUUCACCAGACAAAAGCCAUAUAUAUGUAGCAGACCUCUUUGACCAUAAUGUGCAUGUGCUUGAGCGAAAAGAAGACAAUUCAUUGGUCUCUAUAAAGUCUGUGGCUGUUGGGUCACUGGUUGACAAUAUUGAACUCGACCCUGAAACUGGGGACCUGUGGUUGGGCUGUCACCCAAAUGGAUUGAAAGCUUUGAUGUUUGACCCUAACGACCCAGCUGGAUCAGAGGUCAUCCGCAUCCAGAACAUUCAUUCUGACCAGCCAGUGGUGACUCAGGUGUACGCUGAUGACGGCCAUGUGCUCAUUGGCUCCUCUGUAGCUGCUACCUACGGGGGAAAGUUGCUCAUCGGCACUGUUUUCCAUAAAGGCUUGUGCUGUGAUCUGAAUUAGGCACUGAAGAGUUUCAUAAAAAUCCUCAAAAUUCAACUACAGAAGAGGAGAUCUAGAUCUGCCUUUCCACAAGUCUUCCAGUCAGUUAUUGCAAUGAUGAUGUGAAAUGAUGACAUGCAUUGAUGCAAAAGCACAAAUUCUUCUACCAGACUUAAUCUGAUAAAAGGUUGAGAAAAUCUCUGAUGUAAGACCCUAAAAAUCGGCUAAGAGGAGCUGGAGACAGAUAGAUGGUGUGGUGUUUAACUUGAUAAUUGAAAUGGCCCCUGGUGCAGUCCCAUAUUUAGAAGUGUUUAAAGUACUACAGUUACUGACCUGCAGAUACCCGAACUACUGUUUGUGUACCGUUUUUCACUGCUAGCAAAGCAUGGCAAACUUUAAGAGGACUUCCACCUUAAUAUAAGGCAGAAAACACAUCUACAACAGACGUCACUAAUUUGAUUGUUUAAUGUUGUAGCAUCACUUUUAGUUGCUUCCUCUUUAAGAGUGACUUGUUACUUUUUUCAGUUUGUUGGCCCCAACUGAAGUAGCUAUUCUGUACUUUUUGCUGCCAAUAUCUGAGAUAAUUAUAGGAAUAUGUUCACAAAGAGCGUGACUGACAGUGUGUUUAGUGUGAGGUGUAUAAAUGUGUAUGGUAAGGGGUGGGGGACUUGAAAUAUUGAAAAUAUUUUCAUCUGCCAAAGGGGGGCCCGCUGGGGACCACUGUGUUAAACAAUAUUUUCUUUCUAUUAUUGGGAUUUUUAAAGUUAAACUUGGAGUUGAAAGUAGGGGAAACGUCGUAUUAUUGCUGAUAUAAAGAAACGUCAAAAAAGAUCUUCAUUAAGUCAGAACACAAAGAGUAUUACACAAUUGUUUCCAUUGUAAUAAUUCUUGGUAAAACAACUUGAAAAACAGGGGAAAAAAAUAAAGGAUUAGAAAAAGAUGUUGAUGGGGCGCAGUUAAAUUGAAUGUCAAAUUGGUCAAUUUGUUUCCGAUUAAACCGGGUUGUAUGUGAGGGUGUGGUGUUUGAGGACGGUUAUAGAGGACUGCCAGAUAUCUAAUCUGAAUUUGUCUUUACACCCUCUUCAUGGAAUUGUAAUUUUUUUUUAUAAGUGGGUUGCUGUAUGUGUUUGCAGUCAGUUUAAUAAUAUCAGGCCUUUAUACUUCUUUCCAAAAUCAAACAUGUAACAUACAUAUAUAUAUAUAUAAUAUGCACUGUUUGGAUGUGACUUAUUUCUUAAUUGCAGUUGAUUUAAAAUAUACAAUAAUUAUUUCCCAUAUUUGAUUUGAAUAAAACAGUGAAAGGUG